AUGACGAUUGAGGAGGAGGGCGAUGAUUUUGGCAAGUCCCCUUCUCCUGUAUCAUACAGAAAUGCAUUUGAUUUUCCAGAAUUGAGUGGCUUGGUAACGGAGGGCGUACUUGAUGGAACCGCAGUAUCUAAGGCCUGUUUUGAGCAAGGCACGUCACCUGUGUUAGGUGUUUCCUCAGCUCCGCGCGUCCGGACGGAAUUUCCCUCCUAUCCGACGGUGAUAAACCUGCACGACACAAAUAGCGCGCAUAAGGCGCGUAAUGUGGCAGUUAACUUGCCCGGGGAUGUUGUGUCACCAACUGCUGCGGUGGUUAAUUCCUCUCGCGAAAGACUACAGAGUUCGCCUGACAGUAAUAGUAUUAGCGCCCAUGUGCCCACCCCCGUGGAUGACCUUGUGGGCAUGGGCCCUGUGGUGCCGCGAGCGCUAACAACUCCGCGGCAGCACUCCACGAUUGCAAAGGCCAUCACCAAUACCGCUGAUAGCACUAGUAACAAGGCGACCAUGGUUGCAGUUGCUGCUGCGGCUCGGGCCAUGAGAAGCGUGGGCCCCAUCUUUGUUGACAGCGACACUCCACGCACGGACGGUGUUGUAUCGUCUAGGUGCUCCACUGCAAACGCGUCUUGUCAAACGCCAUCACAUUUUCCAAGCAACCGGAUGGCGCUCAAGAUACCAUUUGCGGUGGAGCAGUAUCCCAUGCAUUUGAGCGACAAAAAUUCGAGUGCGUCACAGGAGGUGUCUUUUCUCUUUGAUGGUAAUCGUGUCGACGGCGGCAAGAGUGACAGUAGCAGCAGAUGUAACGCCGGCCUUCACCACGGAACUCGUUGUCUGGCGAUGGGGCAUAGUACUGAAGGCGGAAAACUGCGCCCUACAAGUUCCCCUCAGUUGAAUGCUCCUAGCUGCCCCUCCUCAAAACAGUUAUUGUUUGCAAAGACUGCUCCAACCAAAACAAAGGCCUUGAAAGAACGCUAUCCUAUCAAGGUGCCCAGGAAGCCAACCAACGUUCACGGUACACUGCAAGAUGCGCUAAGGUAUGUGCCGUACAGAGCAGUAUCGCUCGGCGACGAAUCGCCACCAGUACGCGAGAGUUCCCGAAUAACUACCGAAGAAAAUGUGAAUCUCGCUCCGCUCUACGACACUGCAAAUAAACAGUCAGUGGAUAAAUACCAGUUGCUGCCCAUGUUUAUUCAAAUGUUCCCUUGUGAAUUGAGAGAUCGCACCAUUAUUGUCCUAAACCGCGUGGUUGAGGCUACAUGUGGCCCUGACAUUGCCACUGUAGUGGGUAUUGAGCCGCGCUCCGAGACGUCGUUUAUCACGCUCGUUCGCACGAAUGGCGUUUGGCAGCUGAUCCACAAACUGCGUUGUCGUGUGUUGAUGGACCGUCAUGGAUUUUGGUACGCCGAGAACAUGGAGCAGUACCUGCGGCUCAAGGAGUACUGCGAGAGUGUGCGGCGGCUGCCGCAGCAGAUGCGCCACUUUCAGACGGACGGGCUGCCGUGCAUGCCGCUGGUGGUGGAGCUCUCGC